AUGGCGAUUUUGCUCGGCUGGAAAGACGUCUUACGACCCAUACGCGAUGGCUAUCGACACCUUUUCCCCGCUCCAGACACUGGUCCAACACCUGAGGAGCGUCAACGGCAACGCGCUGUCGAUCAGUUAAAAGGCUUCGCCUAUUUCGACACCUUCGAACAGCUGGAAGUGUGGACUGAAGCUGACUCUGACCCUCUCCAACGAGCCAACACGCCUUUGUUAGUGCGUAGUGUCAGUCGAAGAGACGGCUUGGGCAAGGCUAAUGUCCUGCUCUGCCACGAUCAUGCGGGAAAUUACCAUGAUUACGAGGGAGUCUCGAGUACUGGGUUGGAAGACGAAGAGUAUGCAUGUGAAUAUAUGCAAUUUUUCGAAACCUUCAUCUACUUUUCCCACAAACUCGUGUGCGUCCCGCCACCAACCUGGACCAACGCACUUCAUCGCAACGGAGCGAAGGCGCUAGGCACAAUACUGAUGGAGCCGCAAACACCUGACUCUGAAAAGCUGUUACAAUACGGUGACGAUGGUUUAUCUUUUCCGCUGGCGAGGAAGCUCGCAGACAUUGCAAAGCACUACGGGUUCGAUGGCUGGCUUGUGAACAUUGAGAAGCCAUUUCCAACAACGAGCUGGAACGCAGACAUCUUAAGAGCCUUCCUUCGUCAGUUGAAGUCAGAUUUGGGAACUGAAAAGGAGCUCAUUUGGUAUGACGCAUUGACAACCUCCAACAAGGUCUCUUAUCAGAAUGCUCUGAGCGCACCAAAUCUCCCAUUCGCACAAGCUUGCGGCAGCAUCCUAACCAACUACUGUUGGAAAGAGAGUGAUGCAGUCAACUCGGUGCACAAAGCCUUGCAAGAUAACCUGUCGUUGCGAAAGGUUUACUUUGGUGUAGACGUCUGGGCACAGAAUACCACCAAGCUCUCGCAUCCACGUAUUACGUAUCCUGAGUACACCGGCGGUGGUACCAACACCGGCGUCGCAGUAGCCAAGCUUGCGGAACUAGGACUCUCAGCUGGCGUCUUCGCACCGGCGUGGACCUUUGAACAUUUCCCUGGCCAUGGCAAAAAUGUCGAGCGGACAAUGUGGGAGGGAAAAGAGCUUCCGGAAGACAUCGGCUGCUCAUGCGGCGACUGUAAGAAGCGCCACCGCGCGAAUAGUGCAACGCCAAUCGCCAGAUUCGCAAGACAGUACAGUGCUGGCUCUGAAGCGUUCUUUUUCACGGAUUUUAGUCGUGCGUUCCACACACACGAAGAGAGAGAGGGACGCGUUUUAUUCGAUGGCUUGAAAAUGCACGCGCAACUCGGGUCACAGUCAGUCUUGCCUCUGGACGGGACGUCAGUCUCCUCGACAGCAUUGCGGCACAGACUGGAAGACCUCCCCGGUCGAACGCAACUUUUGAUUGAAACCCACAGCAGUCUUUUACCGUCGACCAGAUGCAUGGCUUGCUUCGAUCAUCAUCGGGUUUUGCCAUUGUUCAAACUCGACAUGUCAGUAGACAGCUCGCUACAGCUCAGAGUAUCUUUUCGAGAUCUUACGGAUGGAAAAUUAUCUUUCUACGUGAGGACUUCUGGUACCCAGCAUCGUUUCCCGGUCCAUACCACUCGUAACACAUACGUCCUCGAUACCAUGAUUGAAGUCGCUCCUUCUUCGAUGCCGUGCCCUCGUUUAGAGGAGCUUGGUGUAUACGUAGAUGCAUUCGAGGCUACGGGCGCUACACGACUUGCAGAGGUGGACUCCAUCUGCAUCAAGCGCGUCACUUCUAAUGCAUCACUCCAGACCCAUAACAUCUACAACAUCCGUAUUUCCGCCCUUGGCGAAGGAGAUACACUCCAUUCGAGAAUCAACUGGAGUCAUACUUCCAGUAGCCGGCUGAUGGACGGCAUGCCAUUCAGUGACGUAACAGGACCUUUCUCAUACUUUGCAGUACAUAUCGAUGGUCUGGAUCUGGGAAGAUCGUAUGCGGCAGAACACAUACUCUCGGCUUCUUUGCUGGACCAAAUGGCCGAGCGUAAAGUGUCCGCAAAGAUCACAGGUAUAGGCUUUGAUUGGCAGGUGCUUGCAAGCGCAAGCACCACGCUGCAAUUUUAA